AUGGCGGCGGUGGCGGUGGUGGUGGAGGUAGUGAUGGGGGAUUUUGUGAUGGCUUUUGAUUUGUCGAGGAUAUGGCGAGGUCACGACUUUGGUGCAAAUGGUGGUGGAGGCGGCGGUAGUGGUGGUGGUGAAGGAGGAGGUAGUGAUGGAGGAUCUUGUUUUGGCAUUGGAUAUGGUGAGGGUCAUGGAUGGGGAGAAAACAACGGUGGUGGUGGUCAAACUGGUGGUAGUAGUUUGGUGCCAGAGGAGUAUAGGGCCAUGGUGGUGGCGGCAAUUGAUUCCACCAUGCCACGACCCAACCCACCGAGCCGUGCAGGCACCUACUCUAACACCUAA